GCAUCUAAUACUUCCCACAUUCAUUUCAAGUCUCAACCCCUUCUUCCUCGCAAAGCAGUAAUGGCGAUUCCCUUUACGGUUUAUCUUCUUUUCCUAUUCAAUCUCCUGGCAUUUUGGACGUUAUUUUCUUCAGCCACCCUUUUUACAGUCCAAAACCAUUGCAGGUUCACCAUAUGGCCCGCUUCUCUCUCCGGCAAUGGUGCUUCACUUGGUAAUGGUGGUUUUGAAUUGUCAUCUGGCUCAUCAGCUCAAUUCCAGGCUCCACCUGGUUGGUCUGGCCGCUUCUGGGGUCGAACUGGCUGCAAAUUCGACAACUCCGGCUCCGGCAAGUGCAUAACCGGUGACUGCGGGGGCAUACUAAAUUGCACUUUCGGUGGUGUGCCACCCGUCACCCUGGUAGAGUUCACCAUUGCUGGUGGCUCUACUGAUAAUAAAGACUUUUAUGAUGUUAGUCUUGUGGAUGGUUACAACGUUGCCUUAGGAGUCAAGGCAGUAGGUGGUUCAGGGGAUUGCCAAAAUGCAGGUUGUGUCACGGAUCUUAAUGCUAAUUGCCCGGUUGAAUUACGGGUCCUGGAUUCUGGUUCGGUCGUUGCUUGUAAAAGCGCCUGCACUGCGUUUAACACGCCGGAGUUUUGCUGCACCGGCGAUCAUGCUACUCCUCAGACUUGCUCACCAACACAGUACUCGAAGAUGUUCAAGAGUGCUUGCCCCACGGCUUAUAGUUAUGCUUAUGAUGAUGCUUCAAGUACUAGGACUUGUUCCGGGUCGGAUUAUGUGAUUACAUUUUGUCCAACCGGGUUAUGAGCAUGAUCUCUCUCCACUCAUAAUCAUGAUUAAGGUUAACCUUUUUCUUAUAUAUUUAUAAACUUUUUUCAAUAAAUUUAAAUGGUUUUUUUUUACCAGUGUUAUUAGAUAUUGAAUUAAAUAAAAUCAAAGGUUUGCUUUCA